ACGAUGCGUAGCCGCGUAGGGGCGAAUGUGGAAAGCUGUUUGGAGUAUGAAGGGAGUAAACAGUGUCACAGACACGGCUUUUGAAUUGGUUUCGUCGUCGGACCUGGAAAAUGUAAAAUAACGGAAUGCAAGUUGUAGGAGUUAUCUUGAGUUUUCAUGAAACUGCUGUCGAUGGCGCCGGAUUGUUUCGGAAGCGCGAGCUAAAGCGUGGGUCACCUACUUGACGGAUUUGCCUGCUCACCGUAUACGACACGUAAACUCGAGUGUUUAAACUGGUCAAACGAAGAUUAACGUCUCAGAGAUUGAUAUUUCUGUCGACCGAAGACUUGGCUACCUGUGGUGAAUAUAGUUUCUGGACUUGUCUAACUAUCAUGCCUACUCUCAGCUCGAAAAGUAGGCAGAAUGCAGUGGAAUCGGUUGAGGAUGGAGGCAGUAACAGCAAUCCUGUCGAUACUACGACCAAGAAGAUGUUGAAAUGUGUUGUGGUCGGCGAUGGAGCGGUGGGAAAAACCUGUUUGCUGAUGAGUUACGCAAAUGAUGCUUUUCCCGAGGAAUAUGUGCCAACUGUAUUCGAUCACUACGCAGUGAAUGUAACAGUAUCUGGAAGGCAGCACUUACUGGGAUUGUACGAUACUGCUGGACAAGAGGAUUACAAUCAGCUGCGGCCCCUCUCUUACCCCAACACAGACGUCUUUCUCAUCUGCUUCUCCGUCGUGAAUCCAGCUUCCUAUCACAAUGUUCAGGAGGAAUGGGUACCCGAGCUCAAAUCCUGCAUGCCUCACGUGCCCUACAUCCUCAUUGGAACACAGAUUGAUUUGCGAGAUGACCCAAAGACACUGGCACGUCUGCUCCAGAUGAAGGAGAAGCCACUGACCUAUGAGCAAGGCCUCAAACUAGCCAGAGAGAUUGGAGCCCAGUGCUAUUUGGAGUGUUCGGCACUGACUCAGAAGGGACUAAAGACAGUGUUUGAUGAGGCCAUCCUGACAAUCUUCAGCCCUAAGAAACAAAAACGGGGAUGCACGGCCUGCAGCAGCUGUUGUGCUAUCGUGUGAGGAUAAAAUGUCUCCAACUGUGAAAACCCACACUCCUCCAAAGCUUCGGGUAGCGUAACAGACCCUAAACCGCCUCCAGUCUGCUGUACAUCCUUCCUUUCUCCAUCCGCCCGUUGUCCCUCAGGACAAUGAGCGUUCUUUCCCUCGGUUUGUGUGUCUUGUGGAGAGCUUCCAAAACAAGUGCCUUAAUUUCUCCCCACAUUGCCUUUCAGGAUUCACUACUAAAGCCAAAGAAGUUUCAGACUGGACUGCGGUUACUUGAACCGACAUGGUUCGAUGUCGCCAAUCUCCAAUCAAACAAACGUUUUAGAUUCAGCUUUAGGCCAGUGGAUUUUUUUUAAUACCGACUAUAUUAUAUGGUUUCUCAAGGCUUAUGAAAUAAUGAAAAUCCAUUCCUCCAUGCAAGCUGGUUUUUCUCAGUCACCUCAAAUCAAUAUUGUGCUCUUUCUGGAGUCAAUGCUUCAGCAGUUCGAGCUAGUUAAUAAGGGAAAUUCUCUGGAGGAUGGCCCAACUCAUCAAUAGAGGUAGAGCAGAAGGAAGAAGAGAGAGAGAGAGCAUGUGUAAGAAGUGCAUCUUUACCAAAAAUAAUUGGGUCAUUCAAAAUUAGCAACUAACAAUUAGCAAAAAACACUGAUAAACCGUUGCAUACCUACACAUCCAGACACAAAUAAUAAUACAAUGACAAUCAAGCACACUAUGUGGAGACUGAAGUCUAUCAGUGACAGGAUAAAGGGAAAUGUAUAUUGUGACAACAUUAGCCCAUGAAUUAUUCACAUUUCCUUGGGUUUUUAAAACCAAGAUGCCCUUAAGUGUACUUAGUCACAUUUUUGUGAGCCAUCAGACCUUGAUCUUUAUACAAUGUAGAUGUAGAACAAUGAUGCCAUAUAAUGGUGCUGUAAUUAUUAUAUUUUUCAUGCGCAUUUACAUUUUGAUUUUUGAAGUAUAAACUACAGAUAAAAUAUAGAAGACAAAUUACUCUGCCUAUACACAUUUUAAAAAAUGCUCUCAUUGUCCUUAUUAAAAAUGAGCAGAUGGAGGACUGUAAGUGCCACUUAAAAAUAAAAUUAACUAAUCACCAAUGUACUAAUUCCAAAAUUAAAAUAUAAAUAUUAAAUGAACAAUUUAGUUAAAUGUAAUAAUUUUUAAAUACUUUUAUAAAGCAUGUUGUUUUUUAAAAUGCAUUUUAAGAGUAAUUGAUGUAUUAUUUUAGUUAAAUUUAACAUUUUAAUCAUGAAAUGUCAACGGUUUACUUAUUUGUAAAUCUUAAAGGGAUAGUUCACCCAAAAAUGGAAAUUCUGUCAUCAUUUAUUCACCCUCAGGUUGUUCCAAACCUGUAUGAAUUUCUUUUUUCUGCUGAACACAAAGGAAGAUAUUUUGAAGAAUGGUGGCCCGCUUUGGGGCACCAUUGACUUCCAUAGUAGGAAAAAAAAAAUACUAUGGAAGUCAAUGGUGCCCCAGAAUUGUUCAGUUUCCCACAUUUUUCAAAAUAUCUUCCUUUGUGUUCAGCAGAACAAAGAAAUUUAUACAGGUUUGGAACAACUUAAGGGUGAGUUGAUGAUGACAGAAUUUUCAUUUUUUUGGUGAACUAUCCCUUUAAAGGUUGACUUUCCUUUUUAUAAUGUCAUUUAAAUUUGUAUAUUUUAUUUUUUAAUAUUUAUCACUAUUAUUUUAUUUUUAAGUGGCACUCAUAGUACUCCAUAUGAUCCUACAACUGUGAAAAAAAACACUCAACCUAUCACUCCCUAUUUCAGCUGAAGUACUGGUGUGUUUACUAAGAACCAGGCUUGUACACUGUCUAACUGUUCUGUUUUUCCUCUGGCUAAAACCGCCCCCUUAUUUUCCCCUUUAAAGAUCAGUUAAAACACAAAUGGCUUUGUUCUUCAGACUUGUUUUUUUUUCCUCAUGUGUGCAGCGUGGUCAUGCUGUAAAGUGCAGUCCCGCCUUAUGUGGCCUUUUCAAAAUGAGGACGUUCCCUACUGUAUUUUGGUACAAAUGUCAAAUAAUAUGGACAAUAUGUGUAGCCCUUACCUUUCUGUUUUGGACAUAUGACAUAAUUUUUUAGGUAUAUUAACUAUCUGCCAAAGCAUUGAACUGAACACUUGCAGUUCAAGUCUCCAUAUUAUCACUUCACUUACCAAAAACUUGUAGUUCUCAGACGACCAUGUUUUUGGACACCAGAACUGGUACUGAUUUCUUGUGAUUGCUCUUCACAUCAGUCGUUCCUUAGUUUGACCUCAGGGACUUCUUUCCAGAGCCCCGCAAGGUGCUAGCGACCUUCCUCGGGCUGAGGAAUCAAGCCUGCUCCACAGAGAGGAGGAAGAAUGAGCCUCAUUCACUUGCCUUUAAUGUAGCAUAGAGUUUGUUUCUUCACUCAGUUUAAGUGCACUUACGACACUGUGCCUUGCAUUGUACUAUGCAAUUGUUUAUAUACUGUAAUGCUAAUGAGAAGACCAGUUUUCAGUCGCUGGUUGAAAGAGCUAUAACUUGAACUCAGUCUUGAACUCAACUGUAAACUUAUAUUUAAUAUUUUUAAUAAGUUUUUUUUUUUCUUUAAAUUUCAUGUAUUGGUUUAUAUGCUUAAGAAAUGUGACAGCUUUCUUUGCCAAAACUAAAAAUUUGUUGUAAAUAUACACAGAGUGAUUAAAGAUUGUGAUAAAACUUU